AUGACAUCUCCUUUAACUCUGCUAAUGAUUUACUAUCUGUUUAGGUUUUUAUGCACAGUGCAUUUAGUACAUGCAAAAAGCUUGAAGAUUAAAUGCUCGAACAAAGCGCCCUACAUUCUCGUUAUCAAUCGUCCGCGGAUCAUAGGCGGAACACUUGUUAUUCCACUUGACUCAACUGUAAAAUUUGUAAAAAACUUGAACAAGGACAUCGAGUGCAACAUUAUUCGUGUAGCUUAUGGGUCAAAUGGCAAAAAGCUCAUCUUGCGAGCAUCAAGCUCAAGCAAACGUGACUAUUGGCUGGCUGUGAUCAUAGCAUCCAUCAAAGCUGACAGGCAGGUACAUCAAAGAUGGACUCAAAAUAAUUCGGAGCCGCGAACGGUCAAGAACGCAAUGAAAUUUCAAUCAGAGCGAUCAAGCAAUGGUUCAGGAGCUAAUAAAGAACAUAUCAAGGAGUGCGCUGUUCAAUCUAUUUCGGCUUCUGCUCAAAGCACUAAGUCAAGUAUCUCAGCCACUAGCGAAUCUCAAUCGUAUGCUUCCAAACAUGACACUUCAGCUUUUCCACGGCCUUCCAAAGUCGCCCGUAUUGCUUCGCAGAAGUGCUCUCGUCGGCAAGCAUUUCGUCAGAAUAUUCCAGCUGUCAUACAGCUUUUCAUUACGGUCGGUCAGGCGAUUGCUGCUGCGUGCUAA